AUGUACUACGUCUACUCCCAAGAGACACUGCCGAUUCCGGAUGACGUGAAGGUGCACAUCCGCUCGCGGGUCGUCACCGUUGAGGGACCACGAGGCAAACUCGUCAAGGACCUCUCGCACGUCUCCGUCUCCUUCAGCAUGCCCAAGAAGAACGUGCUGGCCAUCGAGAUCCACCAUGGCUCGCGCAAGGCCGUUGCCUCCCUCAGAACAGUCCGCACCGUGAUCAACAACCUUAUUAUCGGCGUCACCCGCGGCUUUAAAUACAAGAUGCGCUACGUCUAUGCCCAUUUCCCCAUCAACGUCAACAUUGAGAAUAACAAGGAGACGGGACUUGCUGAGGUUGAGAUUCGAAACUUCCUGGGCGAGAAGAGAGUCCGCCGCGUCAUCUGCCAGCCCGGUGUCGAGAUCAUUACCUCCGCCAACGUCAAGGAUGAGAUCCAACUUUCUGGAAACUCGCUGGAGGGUGUUUCACAGAGCGCUGCUGAUAUCCAACAAAUUUGCCGGGUUAGAAAUAAGGAUAUCCGAAAAUUCUUGGACGGUGUGUACGUUUCGGAGAAGGGUAAUGUCAUUGAGGAAUAA